AGCACUGAUAAACAUGGUUGACACAUUUUAGCUAAUAUAAAGGCCUUCUUGUUUAAAUAUUACAUGAAAACGACUAUGAACGCUCCAAAGGAACUUCCUACGUUUCCCGAAGUGAAAAAGAAUAUACGAGCGUUGCUAAUUUCUGCUCCAAGAGGACUCAGCGUUGACGAUAUUGAACAUGAUUAUCAAGCAGUACUGGGGAAACCUCUGCCGUUCAAACAUUUCAGAUGCAAGACUGCUUUAGAAUUUCUUAAAACAAUGCCCGAUGUUGUUUCUCCAUCAUGGAGCAACGGCAUUUUAAUAUUGAAAGGUAUUCAAUCUUAUUUUUAUUGGUCGUUUAUUUGUUUUGCUUGCAACAUGAUAUAUUUGAAGUAGAUGUAUAAAUUUAGUAUUAUAUAAAUUGUUUUUGCUUAUGAAAACCUGUAUAUAAAUGCUCGGGAAAAAUUCCUUAAGUCCAGCAGGAAUUUUUUAUGAUUAGAUUAUAAACGUUUGUGCCAAUAAAUUAGCAAUACAAGUGAAUUUACUAUAUUUAUGUUGUCUAUAUAUACAAUUUUUCUGUAUAAUUUUAAUAACAAUGCUAUAAGUAAAUUCUAUUUAAUGUUGUGCAGUAAAAAUGUUUUGGUGUGUAAAAACGUAAUUGCAACCAAUCUCUUGGGGCAUAAAGAAUGGUGAACAUGCACAAUACGCCAUCUCAAUGGUAAUGUUGAGAUAGUAGCAUUGCAGAGGAGAGUGGGCAGUAAGGCUCGUUCAUGCACCACCCCAUGGAAAACCUGCACCCCUCUUUGCAGAUGAGGCUAGAUCUCCCCUGACAAUGUUUUCAUCAUUGAACAGGCAUAGCAGAUGAUAGUUCAAAACACAUCGCAAAACUUGUAGCCAGACAGCGUGUUAGUGGUUCAAAAUCUCGACGAAUAUUCAAAGCUCCCGUCAGCACAAGACCUUUGGUAGUACCAGAUCACUUUCGAAGGAACAUCAAAGAGUUACUGAGCGUCUAUCCAAAUGGCAUCCUCGGCUCGGCCCUGACUCAGGCAUAUUCGCGACAUUAUGGAGAAGACAUCAACCAUUCAAGGCUGGGUUUUAAAUCAAUGUCACAAUUCUUGAAUGCUAUUCAGGAUAUUGUGAAAAUUGUUAGAAAUCCAAGAGGCGGAUAUCGUAUUUGCGCUAUUAGAAAAAGAACACCACCGCCAGGUAUUUGAGUAUAAUAUUUUUUAACUAAACUGAACUAACAUUAUUUGUAAUGGAUAGUUCUAAAUUGGAGGUCCAGUAUGGGCUAUUCCUUAUUGAGAACGCGGCUCUAGUGCUCCACCCCUAGAAUAUAGACCUUACUGGGGUUUGGUGACACUUUGUGUUGCUUCAGUCACCUGCUCACGGCUCACCCCCCUGAAAUUUCUGGCACCACCCCAGUAAAAAAUAUGAAAAUCCGUCUAUGGUCCGACCACAACAAAAAAUUGUCACAUUAUACAUUUUUAAAUUUGCUGGGACAUUUGCCUAAUUUAGACGGACAUUUAGUCGGAUGUUAACUUAAUACGUGGUCAGAGAGUCUGAUUAACACAUUGAGUGCCAACACACUCUCCUUGAUGAUGGGUAAACUGUCUUGCAUUUAAUAGACAAAGUUAAAUAAUAAAAUGGGGUGCUAUGCUAGUUAAAUUAAAGGGUUAAUUUACUGAACUGUAUUUAUUGACCUUGAAUGAUUUUUCCAGUGAGAAAGAUUCCUCCCUCGAAGCCCCCGCCAUCCCAUGUCCCUUCUUCAAAACCACAGUCUCAAAAUAUCCCUCCUUCGAGGGCACCACCUUCGAGACCACCACCUUCGAGAGCUCCCUCAAAGACUGACACACCAAAGAGUGGUGUGUAUGUCAUCCCAAGCAAACGCAAACCCUUAACAGAUCUCAACUCGCUGGAGGGCGUGAAGAAAGAUGAAAAUAAACAAAAUGUGGAGAGGGUUAAAGAUUUGCUCGAUUCCAAAAGUGGUGUGAGUGAAUCAAUGAAAGAUGAACUCAUAUCUGUCCUAGCAAACAGACCAAAUGGCGUUUGGGCAGCUCGCCUUCCCUUUGAAUUUAAGGUUUGAAAAAAUUUUUGGCAAAAUAUAUAUUUUAUUUUUAUUGUUUUGCAAAAUAUUUUACUGAAAUUUAUAAAUUUAUUGUAUUUUCAAUGAAAAGUGUCAAAAAAUGAAAAAUUGCUUUUUUUCAGUUUUAUUCUCUAGUUUAUAUACUUAGUUCAUUUGCCGGUUGAGAAACAUGAUGUAAAAAGUUGUCAAUUAAAAUACAAUAAUCAAUGAUGUUUUAAAAGUGAUGUCAUGUUUACAGCAAUAUAAGCAAAUCUUAUUGAACUUCAGACAUAAUUCUCCUUGGCAUGUCAUCUAAAAUCUCUUCAUUUUAGCAUUAUAUUACAGAUAAGGCACAAAAUAUUCUUUUUAAGUUUGUUUGCCGAUUGAGAAACAUGUCCAAAAAUAAAAAUUUUGAAUGGAGCACAAAUGCUAUAUUGCACACAUUAGUUUUGAGGGUGUGUUACGUAGCAUACAAAAAAUUCUUCUCUAAUAAUUAAAUGCUUGAGUAAAGAUUUAUUGAAAUUUUGAGUACAACAUUAUAUGUAAUUACAAUAGUUUAAUUUGCAGAUUUUAACUUAUCCUUUAUAUUUGUCAUUAAUUUCCAACUCUGAUCAAAUUGGCAUUUUUAGACUCUGCUUGGCAAGGAGUUGAAUGUAUUGACUGUGGGAUUUUACAGCAUUAUAGAACUGGCUUCAGCUUUGCCAGACAUAUUUAGAAUUGAAAGACCAUUUCCCAAUGGUGAUUGGUUGUUAUUCCUUGCAGCGAAAUCAAGAAAAGGUAAUUCAACUUCUGUAAAUGCCUAAAUGGGCCCUUUGGACCACACUUUGGGCCAUCCAGUCAUGAUCCAGUCAACUGAAUGUCCCAUUGUCAUUUCAUUGUUUUUGACUGUUCUCCAUGCCAUUGCCUACUUUUAAAAUGAGAGAUCCUGGGUACACAACUUUCGCACAAAAAGAAAGAGCACAUAAUUGUCCUUUACUGUACAAAACGUCAAAGUUUGAUGUUAAUUUAAUCAGGUCAUCAUUGAUCAAGUUAGAGCCAUUCAAAAACAGAAAAAUUAUUAAGAAAUGCCUUAAUGAAUUUUGGCAUUUUGAAUGGCUGUAUCUUGAUCAAUAUUGACCUGAUUAAUGUCAAACUUUGAGAUUUUGUAGAGGUCAAUGUGCUCUUUCUUACUAUGAAGGUUUUUGAAAUUUAUGACUCUUAACAAAUUUACUUGCAGAUAAGAAUAUAACAAAGGUGGAUGUGCCAGAGAAUGCCAUUGGCAAAGGUGUCGGCUACAGUCAGCAGAGCCUGCCGGAAGAGUUCGAUAUCGAGCUGUAUGUUACGCAUAUCAGAACGCCAGAUUGUUUCUGGAUACAGCUGUUGAAAUAUGCAACAGAAGUGACAGAAUUACAGAAAAAUAUGAGGUAGUGAUUUGACCGGUUUCCUGUCAUUCUCAACUAUCAUUGAUGAGACCAUUACGUCCAUCUUCUUAUAGGGGCGUGGCCCAAAAUGAAUGGGCAGGGGGUGUUUGGUGUUUGGCCAUCUUGGGGUAUGGUUCAGUCAUCCUACUGUAUUUUAGAGUCUGUGAAACACUACUUCAUGCAUUGUAGACAUGUUUUAUGAUAAAUUGAAAGCCACAGAUUUGGUGUAUUUUAUAUCAUAGAUGAAGGAAGGUUACCCCCUCCCCUUUCUCAGUUUGGAAGAGUUACAAAAUUGGUUGUGAAGAAAAGUGUGGGAGGGGGGUCCAGACCCAUACUAUUCCCCCUGUGACUAUGCCCUUGUCUUAGAACUUAUACACUCUAAAAACACUCUGGUUAAAUUCAACCAGGAAUUGGGUUAAUAAUCCACCCAACACAUUCUGGUUAAAUUUAACCCAUUUCCUGGUUAAAAAUUAUCAAUUCAACAAAAAUUUGGUACACUUUUUUUGACUUUUAACCAGGAAAAUGGUUAAUUUUUUUUAACCAGACUUGUGUAGGUGGAUUUUUAACCCCGUACUGGUUGAAUUUAACCAGAGUGUUUUUAGAGUGUAUAUUCCAACUUCUCUUAUUAUCUACUGUUACGUCAUCUACCAUCAUAUAUCAUGACAUAACAUCACCUACGGUACCAUUUUAGAGAAUUCUACAGUUCUAAAGAAAGUGGCAAGUUUAUGGUUGACGAGAGUUUGAUCAAAUUGGGUCAGGUAUGGGAUUUUGCAUCACAGAAACGUAAAAUUUACUGGUGUAUGUUGCUGGUUAGUAAUGCUGACUGAAACCCACCAACAUCACACAUUUCUAGGUUUGUGUCGCAAGAUUUCCUGUCGAUCGCGAAUGGUAUCGUGGACUCAUCACUGCCAUGCCGUCACCAGUAACAGUUGAAGUAUUUUAUGUUGACUAUGGCAACUCAUCUCAAGUAUCCAAGUCUGAUAUACGACUGAUGAAGUAUGCUGAUUCUUCUGCUGUGAUUUCAUGCACUUGUUAGGCCCCAGUUGCAUGAUACCGGAUGAUUUGUCUGUUUUAAUGAGGAGAAACAGAUGGGUGGCACAAGCGCCUUUCAACUCUGAGAUUGUGGGGUUUGAUCCUCACAUCAAACUUAUGACACUUACGUGAAAAGAGUCAGUCAACUCUCUACUGAAAGUUGUGGGUUUUCUCCGGGUACUCUGGUUUCCUCUCACAGGAGAUGUUGACAGGGUGGGUUACUGGGUUAGGAUUAGCCCACCAACUCACCCUUCCCUCGUUGUUGUGCUCCGUGAUCAGAUAUGAGUCAUAAGGUGGCUACCAGAGGAGUCCCUAGUAAGCUUUUGACUGGAUCAGGUUGAGCUGCGUCCUUCGUAAAUCAGUUUACCUUUCAGCUGAGCAAGUAAGGAUAAUUAGCAUUACCCCCAUCCCGCCACUUAUACUCACUAUCAAGACGGACCAUCUGCGCAGAAGAAUGCCUUAACUAGAGUUUCUAUUUACUUUCAGAAAAGAUUUCUUUCAACUUCCAUCUCAAUCCAUUAAAAGCAAGCUGGCAAACAUUACGCCAAAAUUGGUGAGAUAGUAUUUCACUUGAAUACAUGUAUGUCGUAUGAAUCCCAAAAUCAUGAUACUUACCCAUACACCAGGGCUUGAAUUUUAUUGCGGCAAUUGCCGUAGAGGGAGAACGAAAUGCUGUGGAUCAUUGCGGCAACGACGGCAAUUUUUUGCUGUAUAGUAUAAUUUCUAUACUAUUCACUGUGCAUUACUAUUUUGAUACUUGAAUUCAGAUGUUGAUCAAAUCAUGCGUAAACUACUAUUUUAGUCUCAGUUUUCUUCGAAAACAAAACACUAAAGAAAUACGCAAACAUGUUCCUAGCUUGUCAACAAUCCAAAGUAGCAAUAAAAUUAUAUUUUUAUUACAGUAAUUUGAAAAAAUGCCGUGGAAACUGCCAAAAUUGCCGUAGACAGCUGUUACGUUCUACGGCAAUUUUUAACGCCAUUGCCGUCGAUUGAUUUCAGGGAAAUUCGAGGCUUGCCUUACACCAUACAUUGGCAUCACUUUAGUAUUUAUACAUGAACUUGUGGUUAGAGCUCGGCAACUGUCUCUCUGUAGCUCAGUUGGUUAGAGCGCUGCACCGGAAUCGCAAGACUGCUGGUUCGAUUCCUACCAGAGGACCUAUCAAAUGAGAUAUGCCCAAAAUGCUGAAUCCUUAACAAGUCAAAGUUUGCAAUCUUUUAGACAAAGUGGGACCCCUCUGCAGCUCACAGAAUGAACGAAUUAACAGCGAACAAGCCUCUGAUUGGUCUAGCUAGUGCGAAAAAGGUAUGAUUGUUCAAUCUCUUGAGGUUUAUUGUUCAUCCUCUCUGGUGAAUUCCCGUCAACAUUUUGUCUUUCCCUCAGGAUGAUGUGUUAGACGUGUUCAUUUGUGACACAACUGGUAAAGACGAUAUAUAUAUUAAUGAUAAGCUUGUCGAAGAAGGCUUUGCCGAAUUUAAACAAGGUAAACAACGAGCAUUAAAGGGAAAUGGCAAUAUAUUUUUUUAGUUUUCUCAUUUGAAAGAACUUUUAAGACUGUAUAUAAUACUCUUUUACCGUAUUUUCAUAUCUUGCUUACUUCUGCAAAUAUUUUGAUCGAAAGGAAUGAAAUGUCCGCCAUCUUCAAUUUUUGUAGAUAUGCAUGUCACGUCACGUCACAACAGGGAUCACGCGAUAUUUUUAUCUAGACAACCACUAAUCAUUUUGCACUCAAAACUAUACUCUGUCUGCCCUUCGAAAUAUCAAGACCUUUAAAGCAAAUUGUAUAUCCUGCUAUAAUAUACCUUACUUGUAGGGAUAAUAAAUUAUUUUGACUCGAAAAAUGUCUUUAUUCAUUUCUAAAGUUAGUUAAAGACUUUUCUUUACUCCGAUAUAUAGAAGUCAUUUCGUCUCCAAAAGAGUCGAAUUGACUCCAAAAGUGGAGUAAAUAAAAAAGGUACAGAACGACUCCUUUUUUGGAGUAAAUUUUACUCCUUUAUUUACUCCAUUUUUGGUGUAAAUUUUACUCCUUAAGUAGAGUUGUUUUUACUCUUUGAGGAGUAAAAACAACUCUACUUAUGGAGUAAAAUUUACUCCAAAAAUGGAGUAAAUAAAGGAGUAAAAUUUACUCCAAAAAAGGAGUCGUUCUGUACCUUUUUUAUUUACUCCACUUUUGGAGUCAAUUUGACUCCUCGAAAUUAACAGUGCAGCAACGAAUACUUUUGUAUGGUUAAUCCCUAUUGUUACGUCACCAAAACUACCGUUAAUGAGAUAAAAAAUUUGUCCAAGAUGGCGGAUUAUCCAACCUUUUCACUUAUUCAACAUUUUGUUUAUCCAACCCUUUUCUCUUCGGUUGAUUGGAUUUUUGUUCAUAAUUUAGUGAAUGGACGAAGCACUCCACCUGGUCUACCUCCUCCCGAACCAAGUCAGAAAGAAAUCAAUCAACAAAUAACUUUGAACACCUUACAACCCACAUUUCCAGGUAACAUAUUCACAUGUUUACUACAAGUUCGAAGCUUAAAUACGUUGUUAUAAAAUUUAAAAUUACUUUUAUGCAGUAAGCUGUUGUGAUUUGAUUAAACUACCUUAAAGAAAUGAAAACACUUUAUAUGAUAUAUAAUAUUUUUUGACGCAUUCAUUUCAACGGUAAAUAUUUUUUUAGAUUAUUCUAUCCCAUUGUUCACUGGCUUUCCGUAAGUAAAUUUUGUGCUUGUACAACAUUACAUUCUGUGGCAUAGCUCUGAAAUGUGUACGGUUUUCUUGAAUUUCAUUUUUUGAUAGUUAUGAUUUUUCGUUGAUGCACAUACCCCCAGUCGAAGCGACGUUGCCUCAAAUGCAGGAAGAAAUUGCUCCUAUCACCAUGGAUGGUAUAAAUAUAUUAUUUUUAUUUAUCAUAUAAAGUAUAGUGCUUUAUAGAGAUUUCGAGCACUGAUAAAAGUGAUAAUCUCACUUGUGAGAUUAUUCAUGAUAAUCUCACAUGUGAAAAUUAUUGCUUUUCAAUUAUCGCUUUUCUCUAAAAAUUAUCGCUUUUCAAAGACUGUCCUUUAUAUAAGAAACAGAAAAAUACAUGGGUGCUUGGAAAUACCAGAUUUAUUUCUCGUGUUGAACGUGAUAUCUCACGAGUGAGAUAUCAUGUUCAACACGAGAAAUAAAUCUGGUAUUUCCAAGCACCCAUGUAUUAUUCUCUAUUUAAUUGCGUGUUUAGGUAUUAGUGUGCCCCCUCGAAGUCCAGCACCACCCUAAAAAAUCUGCUUGGCCAUACAUUUUUGGUUUUUCGAGUAGCGAUUAGCGGAACUUGUUGAUGUCGAUUUCUUGAAACGAUUUUUCAAAAAAUUGAUUUGUGAGCUCACGAGAAAACACUCGGAAUGCUUUAGUUAAAUAUCAUGGUUAUAAAUGCGUAAACAUAUCGAGGUUGUUAUACAGCCAUAGUAAAUUUAUUGCACUGUGCUACAGCAACUGUCCAGUCACGCAUACCCUCCUCCCAGAUGAGGCUAGAUCAGGCCUCGAAUUUCCCUGAAAUCAAUCGAAGGCAGUGGCGUUAAAAAUUGCCGUAGAACGUAACAGCUGUCUACGGCAAUUCAAAUUACUGUAAUAAAAGUUUAAUUUUAUUGUUACUUUGGAUUUUUGACAAGCUAGAAACAUGUCUACGCAUUUCUUUAGUGGGUUUUUUUUCUCGAAGAAACCUGAGACUAAAAUAGUAAUUUACGCAUGAUUUGAUCAACAUCUGAACUCAGGUAUCAAAGUAGUAAUGCACAGUGAAUAGUAUAAAAAUUGCACUAUACGGCAAAAAAUUCCCGUCGUUGCCGCAAUGAUCCACGGCAUUUUGUUCUCCCUCUACGGCAAUUGCCGCGAUAAAAUUCGAGCCCUGGGCUAGAUCUUCCUCUGACGGUAAUGUAAUUUUUAUUUUCAGAAGAGAAGCCGACGGAGGAAGAUCUGGAGUUCAUGCGUCAAGUUUGUGAAGAACUUUCUGACUCUAUCAAUGUCGUCGUGAAAAGGUUGAAACUGCCCGGUGAUAAAGUCGUUCACGUGAUUAAGUUUGAAGAAAAACCUUACGUUGUUCGUUCAGAAAUUUCCGCACUUCUCUGGGAGAGUGAUAAUUUGCGAUCGAUGGUGAGUCUGAAAUUGAAGGGGUUCUUUUUAACUGUUUUUAUUAUUAGCAUGACAAAAUUACUGGAUACUGAUUGGUCGAGAGGAGUACAAU